AUGGCGUUUGGGAUGGCCGGGAGGGUGGCUGCUGCUGGUACGUACGUAGAUAUCAAGGAACAAGCAGCCAAAUACUGCGCAGUUGUAUCCGUAAGUCGGUCCGAGACCAGUUAUAAUCGGAGCUGGAACCCGAUCCGGCUCCUUCUCAACGACCGAGUAACAGCACCGAAAUUGGGUUGCAUUAAAAAAGAGGCCGGCCUGGGUCAUGACUCGCAUAGUAUUGUCCUAAAGCUUAACCUCUCUCCACAAUGCCGUAAACUCUCUUCCAACCUUAAACAAUUCAUCCCGCACAGGCCCAAAUCCCUAAGAUCAGCCCAGAUUUACUACAGUAUAGAGACCAUAGUCCAAUUGAAUCAACGAUGCAACAGAUCAGGGGACUAG